GUACUGUCAAACCAUCACUAUGUCCAAGCAAUUCCAGUUCAAGCUCGUUCUACUGGGAGAGUCUGCUGUCGGCAAGUCGAGUCUUGUACUGCGUUUCGUGAAGGAUCAGUUCGACGAUUACCGGGAGAGUACGAUUGGAGCGGCGUUCUUGACGCAAACUGUGACUCUAGAGGACCAAAUGACUGUCAAGUUUGAGAUAUGGGAUACUGCUGGUCAAGAACGGUACAAGUCUCUCGCGCCAAUGUAUUACCGUAACGCCAACUGUGCUGUCGUCGUUUAUGACAUAACGCAAUCCGCUUCGCUCGAAAAGGCACGCACAUGGAUCCGGGAACUGCAGCGUCAGGCGGACCCUUCGAUAGUUAUCGCACUCUGUGGCAACAAAACGGAUCUUUCGGCGCGCAGACAGGUCACGGAAGAGGAAGCGAAGAAGUAUGCCGACGAGGAGGGUUUGAUGUGGGGCGAGACAAGUGCUAAGACGGGUGAGGGUGUUUCGGAUAUAUUCAUGGCCAUAGCUAAGAAACUUCCGCUAACCGCACCUUCAAGAGCAGGAACCAGCCGUACUGCCCCUGGUGCACGAGCAGGAGUCGACCUGAAUAAACAAUCUGCUUCGGUGGGCCAGAAUGACAACUGCAAUUGUUAAUUCCGUCCCUACGUUAUCCUUACAUUCCUCGCCUCGCAUGUUAUCUUUCGCUUGUAAUUUACCUUUACCUUUUACUUUUCGGACUAAAUAUGGGAUGCAUCUUCACCCGAUCUAAUGUUCGAAUAGACUCCUCGGCUGCAAGACGUAUUAUAAAGCAGACCUCAAUAUUCUUCACGACUCGGCCGGGGGGAAGAGUUUGAUGCACGAAGUGGCCGCUUCUUUCAGUGAAAAGUGGGGGGAAGAUCUAUUAUUUAAUGGAAGACUGAGUGACUCGACAAAAUGUUUACACUGCUUUUCAUAUCGACUAGUAUGUGCUUACU